AGAUGAACCAGACCUGUAAGGUCUGUGGCGAACCGGCGGCAGGUUUUCAUUUUGGUGCAUUCACCUGUGAAGGUUGCAAGUCAUUUUUCGGCCGCUCCUACAACAACCUAUCCUCCAUCUCGGAUUGCAAAAACAACGGCGAAUGCAUCAUCAACAAAAAGAAUCGCACAGCCUGCAAGGCAUGCCGCCUGCGCAAAUGUCUGAUGGUGGGCAUGUCCAAAAGUGGCUCCCGUUAUGGACGCCGUUCGAAUUGGUUUAAAAUUCAUUGUCUGUUGCAGGAACAGCAGCAACAGGCGGCGGCAGCCAUGGCGGCGCAUCAGCAAAAUCAACAACAGCAGCAGCAACAUCAACAGUCACAACACCCAGGAGCCCCAUCGCAUCAUCCGGGUUUAUUGGCUGGUCGCAUUGGUGGCGGUAUACCACCACCGGCGGCAGCAGCCGCAGCCUUAGGUAUGUUGGGUCAUGCUGGUGCCUAUCCCGGCCUCUAUCCCCCACGAACCAAAGAAGAACUGAUGAUGCUGAGCCUUGAAGAAUAUGCCAAACAUCCGGUAACCUCGCCCUCAGUGAGUUCGCCGGAUUCUCAUCAUUCCGACAACUCCGUGGAGGUUAAUGGCCGAGUGGCGGCAGCAGCGGGUAGUUCUGGUCUCUUACAUCUAUCCGGCAAACAUUCACUGAGCGAAGCCUCCUCAAUUUCACCCUCCACCACCACAACCACCAGCAACAAUGUUCCUGCUGCCCCUCAUCCCCUAAGAAAAGAUUUGCCACCCUUCUUGCCUUUAACAUUUCCCGCCCUCUCAUCAAUGCCGGUCAUGCCACCACCUAGUUUUCUACCUCCAUCUCAUCUACUUUUCCCUGGCUACCAUCCUGCACUGUAUCAACAUGCCCAUGCGGGGCUUUUGAAACCUUCUCCCGAGCAGCAGGCGGCCGCCGCCGCAAUGCAUCAAUUAUUUCAAAAUUCUCCUCGGUUUCAUAGUCCCCUAGCCAUCCCGGAAAAUCAUCACAAAGCUCCAGAAGAUAAAUCGGAAAGUCCACGUUCGGAUACUUUGAAUAAUAAUCACAUACCAAAUGGUAGUAAGGCAGCCGAAGAGCUUACGAAGCGAUUUUAUCUUGAUGCGGUAUUGAAGUCACAACAGGCCCAAAGUCCUCCACCACAUGCAACCAAAUUACCUAACCUCACAAAACAUGAUCAUUCAAUUAGUGCCCUCGUCACGCCCAAUUCGGAAAGUGGUAGGGCCCAACAUAAUCACUCGCGUCAAAGUAAUCAAGAUGAGGAAGGAGAAGAGGCGGAACACCGAGAGGAGAAUAAUGAGUCUCAAGAGAAACCCUCAAAUGGCCACAGUGAUGAAAGUCCUCACAAUCCAGCAGCUGGAGAGGAAACUGAGGAUGAAGAUUUAGUGGUCUCAAUGACACCACCCCAUUCACCCCUGGAGGUUGAUGAUGAUUGUCCACCGAGUAGUAGUGGUGGUGCAGGUGUUGAGGAAAAAUCCAGUGGCGAACCCACCUCUCAAGACAAUCCCAUCGAUUUGAGUAUGAAGGCAAUAAGUUCGGUCACCAGCACCGUGAGUGAUAGUAGUCGAAGUAGCAUAAAUGUGGUCAGGUCAAGUCUGGGCAAUAAUAAUAAAUGUGAUUCCUCAUCAUCUUCGUCGGACGUGGAAACGGAAAAUUGGAAAAAUUCGGAAGAAAUUAAGAAAAGCAGGGAUAAGGAGAAGUCGAAUUUGAAAAGGGAGUUGCCAGUGGAGGAUAAGAAGAUGGUGGGGGAGGAUGAGGUACCCAAGAAGCUAACAAAAUUGGGAGCUGCAGCAUUGGAUUUGACACAGAGAAUUUAA